UCUCCAUCUCCAUCUCUCAUUAUCUCAUUAUCUCUCUCUCUCUCGCGCUCUCUUUCACUCCUCCUCCUCCAGACAUGCGCUAAGACCCGCUUGCAACAGUAAUGGUCUCUCCCACUCCGAUCCCCUCCCCCGGCGCCUACCCUCCCAUUAUCCGCACCGGCUCGCCACCGCAAAAACAAACCGCUAUCCUUGCCCCCAUCCCCAUCCCCAUCGCUCCCAUCCCCCAUCAUGCCGUCCCACCACCCACCGUCGCUGGCCGACCCACCCCGCCCCCGCUCCAGCUCCCCAGCCUUACUCACAGGCGACGCGCCGACCCCGGUUCCUCUAGCGAUGGCGCUGUGCGAGCCCGCAUUCAGGCCCCCGCAGGUCCAAACAACCAGCCAGGCUGGCGGCAAGGCAAACCCCUCUUCGAGUGGAUCACACGCAAGCUAGGCGCACGACGUGGCUCGGAUGCGACAGCCGAAAGACCGCCCGUGCCCCACUACGUGCCCAAGGCGCACCGCCGUCCAGAGGGACGACGUCUGCAUUACCGUCGUGCCGAUCGCAAUCUGUCUCCUGGAGAUGCGAGCGUCAACCGCAACAGUGUCGACACAAACCGCCCCGAGAGCAUGAGCAUGAGCCUGCGCUCCUACAGCUUCAGCGCGAGUCAGACGCCCAGCGAGCGUCGCCGCGAAGCCAACAACCCUUACCCGUCCAUCCCUGUCCCGAUGCUUCGCCGCAGCUACCCGGCAUCUACAAUCGACUCUGGCUCCCGACCCCCUUCACUAAGCGUAUUCAGCCGCUCACGCACGCCGUCCGUCGCCUCGCUGAGCGACCUAGCUGCGCGCGGGCCGCGCAUCAGCAUCGCUGACGAUGCAGGCGGCGGCGGCUCCCUCGCCGGCUGUGCUGACGAGGACGCGAGCGUCCGGCCCAUCCCGCCCUCCCCUACCUCCAUGUCCGUGACAUCCCGCUCAGGGUCGAUGCCAUUGUGGCGAUCUGACUCGGCCUCGGCACCGCGUCGGGUGCGUACGACGUCUCCCCCACCCAUUGUGGGGCGCAGAGACACCAUUGGCUCGAGCGUGGGCGCGUCCUACACGAGCGAGGAGGACACCCAGAGCCGACAGAACAGUCUGGCGAGCACAAAGCCGACGACGGUCAUGAGCUUUGAGAGCGCGUCGCCGGCGCACAUUGCCGUCGCGCCCAGCCUCAGCAGCUCCCCACCCGUCCACAGAACGAUGAGCUCGCCAACAACAACAGCCACGUCCAUCGGGCACCUCCCGUCUCCCGUCUCGACGACAUUUGCGCCCCUAGACGAGCCGUCCGUUCGUGUACCCUUGCACUCACGCUACCACCCGCGCAACAACCCCCACCCGUCAGCCGCGCCACGCCCCGACGCGUCGAUCGUCACGCUCGCGUCGUCCAACUUCGCGCUCGCCCCGAGCCCCGUGGACAGAACCGCGGCGCGGCCCGGCUCGCUGCGGCUGCGCGAAACCGUCUCCCCAUCCGCUUACCACGCUCCUCAUAUCACGUCUCCGACCGUAGCGUUCGCCGACCGCCCAGGAAGCAUGCACGACGGUGUAUCCACGCAUGCGCUUUCCCUUUCGGUGCGCACGCGGAGCUACGGGCGCGCAGACGACGACGCGAGCAUGCGCGCGAUCCGGCGGCGCGGAAGCUGGGAGAGCGGCGAGAGCCGCUGGUCGUGGCGGCCCGGGCCGAGCGACGCGCCGAUGCUGCACGCGCUCAACCGCCGCUCCGAGCUGCUCGCCGAGGGCGACGACGUCGCCUCCCCCGCCCGCUCCCUCUAUACCAGAGAGUACCGGGUGCGCGAAGACGAGGAGCACGGCGAGCCCGUGCGCCUCCACCGCCCCGUCAGUGUCAAAGUAUAAUGUAAUAGUACAUGUAUCACACGUUCCACCACAAGCUGCCGACGCCCUGCGCGUACCCCACAAUCUCGUUGCCGCUGAGCUUGCUUUCGCCGUAGAUGCGG